AUGGAUUGCUGUGCAUGGACAUUCAGUAAACUUAAGAAGUUUCUUCUUCAACAGUUAUUUAUAAUUUCUUCUGUCAAUCAUUGCAAUCACCUUGGUAACUAUGAUUGUCACACGCACAAUCACACACAACUCUCUGCAACUCAGAUAAGAAACAACAAGCAGCUUUCUGUAUUGUCAGUAAGUGGGGUGCUGAAUGUUUUAGGCAUGGAUACACUAUUAACCUUCACAGUCUACAUUGAUAUCCAGUCCAUUGAUCUUAUAGUCUACUACACUGACUCUGAGGUGCAGAAAGAACCUGUGGUGCUCAAUGUGAUCAAAAAGAAGUCUGCAGUGUGCAAAACCUUUAACCCACAAAAGAGGCAGAAAGAGGGAUUAUUUGAGGAUACUCAAGUCAGUUAUCAUCACCUGACCUUCCUCGGCAACCUCCCCCCUCCUCUGAAGCUGCUGGAAAGUGCUUGUGAGGCUCACCUGCUCCUUCGCUCCACCUUCAUGAAAAGUCAAUUUCAACUCUUGAAGACGUUCCCUGCCUCUUCAUCUCACUACUCCUCAUAG